UAUUGGAUCCAAAACCAAACCAAAACGCUCGCAAAUUUUUUCAAAAUUAGAACCCCGCCAUUCGUCAAACCCUUCUCUUCCCCCCCUUUUCUUAACGGUCCUUCCUCUCUCUCUCUUAAAAGCCUGAACUUGCUUCUCUCUCUCUCUCACAUACACACAAACGCUUAGAUCCAAAUGGCAUCGUCUUUGCCUUCAUCUACGUCAGUGUCACCGCCGGAUUCUCCGCCGUUGCAACAGCUACACAGAUCUGAACAACCACCACCACCACCACCGCCACAACAACCACAACCGCCACCCAUGGCGGUGCCCUUGCCUUCUUCUUCUACUGAUCCCGACACCUCUUCUCGCCACCACACGUACAGCCGAAAGCAAAAGUCCCUCGGCCUCUUGUGCUCCAAUUUCUUGAGCUUGUACGAUCGCAACGACGUCCGCUUGAUCGGCCUCGACGAUGCCGCCUCUCGAUUAGGGGUUGAGAGGCGAAGAAUAUACGAUAUUGUGAACGUGUUGGAGAGUGUGGGGGUUCUUGCAAGAAGGGCCAAGAAUCAAUAUACCUGGAAAGGGUUUGGUGCAAUCCCGAUUGCCUUAAAGGAACUCAAGGAAGAGGGUAUGAGAGAAAAUACCAGUGGCUUUGAUGGCAAUGACUUUGCCAAAGUUUCAGAUGACGAGGAUGAUGAUGAAAGACUUUCCAAUCCCAGUACUGGAAGUCAGAAUGACAAGUCAAACCCUAAUAGUUCUGUCAAAUGCUUGCUAAAAGAUAAUCGGAGGGAAAAGUCUCUGGCACUUCUUACACAAAAUUUUGUCAAGCUCUUUGUCUGCUCUAAUGCGAAAUUGAUCUCCCUUGAUGAAGCUGCAAAGUUAUUGCUAGGGGAUGCCCACAAUUCUUCAAUAAUGAGAACAAAAGUAAGGCGUCUAUAUGAUAUUGCAAAUGUGUUAUCUUCAAUGAAACUGAUUGAGAAGACCCAUACAACAGACACCAGGAAACCUGCAUUCAGGUGGUUAGGGUGCAGAGGGAAAGCUGAGAAUGAGCAAGCUCCGGUUGAUUCUAGGAAAAGAAUGUUUGGAAGUGAUAUCACAAACAUUGGUUUUAAGAGGAGCAAAGUAGAGUCGUUAUUUGAUACGAAUUUAAACCAGGAUCUGAAAGUACAAAAACAAGGGAAAUUUGACAGUUUGGUACAUGAUCUUGAUAGAGGCAAUUCAGAACAUGACUCAAAACAGACUUCAAAGAGCUACCAAUUUGGUCCUUUCGCUCCUGCCAGUGUAUCCAAAGUUGGUGCCCCCGAGAAUAACAGUGUAAAGCGAGUUCAUGACUGGGAAAGUCUUGCUUCUACCCAUCGUCCUCAAUAUCAAAACCAAGAUUCACAUUAGCAAACCGAGUGAAAAGGAGGUCAAGAAGUCAUCUUUCAUCCAUGAAGCUUUGAAAGACCUCUUCUCCCAUUACGUGGAAGCAUGGAAAUCAUGGUACUCAGAAGUUGCUGGAAAGAAGCCAAUACAGAUUUCUUGAUACUUCCUACCAAUGAGCUCCCAAUGAACAAGUACAGCAACAAAAUACCAUUUUUUUUUUCUUUGUACUGAUUAGUGAUUUGACAAAGAGUGGCUCCGUGUUGUAUGCAUGUUCUUUAUGCAACAACUUAGAAUGGCCACCCACGGGAUCUUCAUUUCUUCCUUGUCUUUACAGUCUCACACAUUUUUUUUCCCCGGUUCCUGUAUGCAUUGAUUCCAAAUGCAUUUUCUUCGUUUCUUAAUCUCAUGUAUUUCAAUAGAUGAUUAAUGUUGUCCUGUAUGCAUUAGAUACAGUUCUCCUAUUUAGAAACUUUCUUUCUGGAGUUCUUUUUA